AUGAUCAAAGCCUCAGCGGGAGGUGGUGGAAAAGGAAUGCGAAUAGCCUGGAAUGACAAGGAGGCCCGCGAAGGAUACAGGCUCUCCAAACAGGAAGCAAAGUCUUCAUUCGGAGAUGAUCGCAUGCUUGUUGAGAAAUUCAUCGACAAUCCUCGGCAUAUUGAGAUGCAGGUGGGAUGUGAUGGAUUUUGA